CGGCGCUCGGCUGGGUCCGGUCAUGGAGGCGCCCGCCGCCGGCCUGCUGCUGCCGCUGCUCCUGUGGCUCGGGGCCUGGGCCCCGGCGCCGGGCGGCGCCUCGGAGGCCCCGCCGCUCGUCAACGAGGACGUGAGGCGCACGGUGGACCUGAGCAGCCACCUGGCCAAGGUCACGGCCGAGGUGGUCCUGGCGCACGCGGGCGGCGGCUCCGCGCCGCGCGCCGCCUCCUUCCUCCUGGCUCUGGAGCCGGAACUCGAGGCGCGGCUGGCGCACCUCGGGGUGCAGGUGAAGGGAGAAGAUGAGGAAGAGAAUAAUCUGGAAGUACGAGAAACCAAAAUCAAGGGUAAAAGUGGAAGAUUCUUCGUGGUCAAGCUCCCAGUUGCUCUGGAUCCUGGGAGCAAGAUUUCAGUCAUCGUGGAAACAGUCUUCACCCAUGUGCUUCAGCCCUAUCCAACCCAGAUAACACAGGCAGAGAAACAGUUUGUGGUUUUUGAGGGGAACCACUAUUUCUACUCUCCCUACCCAACGAAGACCCAGACCACUCGCGUGAAGCUUGCUUCCCGAAACGUGGAGAGCUAUACCAAGCUGGGGAACCCCAUGCGCUCUGAAGACCUCCUGGAUUAUGGGCCUUUCAGAGAUGUCCCUGCCUACAGUCAGGAUGCCUUUAAGGUGCACUAUGAGAACAACAGCCCUUUCCUGACCAUCACCAGCAUGACCCGUGUCAUCGAGGUCUCCCACUGGGGUAAUAUUGCCGUGGAAGAGAACGUGGAUUUGAAGCACACUGGGGCUGUGCUCAAAGGGCCUUUCUCUCGCUACGACUACCAGAGGCAGCCAGACAGCGGGAUAUCUUCCAUUCGCUCUUUUAAGACCAUCCUCCCUGCUGCUGCCCAGGACGUUUAUUACCGGGAUGAGAUUGGCAAUGUUUCCACCAGCCACCUUCUCAUUUUGGACGACUCUGUGGAGAUGGAGAUCAGGCCUCGAUUCCCUCUCUUUGGCGGGUGGAAGACACAUUACAUGGUUGGCUACAACCUCCCAAGCUAUGAGUACCUCUAUAAUUUGGGUGACCAGUAUGCACUGAAGAUGAGGUUUGUGGACCAUGUGUUUGACGAGCAAGUAAUAGAUUCUCUGACCGUGAAGAUCAUUUUGCCUGAGGGGGCCAAGAACAUCCAAGUGGACAGCCCCUACGAGAUCAGCCGGGCCCCGGACGAGCUGCACUACACCUACCUCGACACCUUUGGCCGCCCCGUGAUCGUGGCCUACAAGAAGAACCUUGUGGAACAGCACAUUCAGGACAUUGUGAUCCACUACACCUUCAACAAGGUGCUGAUGCUGCAGGAGCCCCUGCUGGUGGUCGCUGCCUUCUACAUCCUGUUCUUCACCGUCAUUGUCUAUGUGCGCCUGGACUUCUCCAUCACCAAGGAUCCAGCUGCGGAGGCCAGGAUGAAGGUGGCUUGCAUCACAGAGCAGGUUUUGACCCUGGUCAACAAGAGGAUAGGCCUCUAUCGUCACUUUGACGAGACCAUCAAUAGGUACAAACAGUCUCGGGAUGUCUCCACCCUCAACAGUGGCAAGAAGAGCCUAGAGACUGAGCACAAGGCUGUGACCAGCGAGAUCGCAGUCCUGCAGUCCAGACUGAAGACAGAGGGCUCUGACCUGUGUGACAGGGUGAGUGAAAUGCAGAAGCUGGAUGUGCAGGUCAAGGAGCUGGUGCUGAAGUCGGCAGUGGAGGCCGAGCGGCUGGUGGCUGGCAAGCUCAAGAAAGACACCUACAUCGAGAACGAGAGGCUCAUCUCAGGGAAGCGCCAGGAGCUGGUCACCAAGAUCGACCACAUCCUCGAUGCGCUGUAGCCCUGUGUCCAGGGCCCUGUGCCUGCACUCGAGAGCAGAGGGUAGGUGGAGGGAGGCGGCGCAGCAGCCCGGAGGCCGGGCCCUGCCUGCCUUCCUGGGUGUGAGCUUAGAGAACUCCACCGCCAAACACCACCGUGUUUUGAACAAAGGCGUUUCAGCAGUCCGUGUUUUCCCCCUUCUUCAUCUUGUAGUCCUUCUAACUUUUGAUGUUUGGUUAUUUUGUGAGUGUAUACAUUUUGUUUUAUUUUCAAAGCACGUGUGACCAAAUGAAAAUAAAUGCUUUCCUAGUACUUUC